CUUCCCCCGCCGCCUCCUUCCGAGACCUCCUUACCGCCGGCUUCCCUUCCCUCCGGACCUCCACCGCGUGCGCGUGAAGGAUAGCGGCCGCGGCGAUGGGGAAGGCGUCCAAGGGCUCACGGAAGGGGAAGAAGGCGUGGCGCGCCAACAUCGGCACCGACGACAUUGACGAUUUUUUCGAGAAGCAGACGCGCGAUGCCCACGCGGGCACCGCCGCCAUCCCUUCUCUUCCUUCGGACUCGCUCUUCUUUGUCGACAAGCCCGCCACCUCCGCAUCUACUUCCGCCGCCGGCGCCUCGGACACAACCACCAAAGAUAUUCCUGUCAAAAGGAAGAUCGAGAAGAAGAGGGAGAAGGUUCUUUAUCAUGAGAGUGUACUGAAGCGGAAUCCGUUUGUGCAGCCAAUCCCAUCUUCUGUGCCGGGCAAGAAGGAUAAGAAGAUAAAGAAGAAGAAAUUGCAGGAGACACAGGGAGAGAAAAGUGUUCCUAUGGAAAAUGAUUCUGUAGUUAAGAACUUUGACAUCUGGGCUGUGGAUGGUAAAGGUGAUUCCAAGGCCAAAAAGAGAUCUACUAUAUCAGUUAUUCCUGCUGUUGAAGUUGAGCCUGCAGGAUGUUCAUUUAAUCCCCCAUUCGAAGCGCAUCAAGAUUCUCUUGCUCAAGCUGUAGCAGAUGAAAAACGCAAAGAGUACAUGAAAGAGCUGGGGCCAACACCUGUACCACUCAUAGUUCCUGGUGAAGCUAUAGCCGAAGAAGAUAAAUUUUUUCUUGAUGCUGGUGAAGGAGAUGAAGAUGAAGAUGCUGCAGAAAAUGGAGAUCAGGAUGCUGAUACUUCCAUUGGACAAAGGAAGAACACAACAAAAAGAGUUACAAGAGUAGAAAUGAACAGAAGAGCUCGCCGGAAGGAGAGGUUAAGAGCAGAAGCGAAAGCAAAGAAAAUGGAAAAUAUUUUGAAAGAAAUUGACAGCUUGCCAAAUAUAAUGGAUGAGAUAGCUAAAGAGGACAAGGAAAAGGAGAAGAGGCACAAACGUCGAACUGUGGUUAAAGAGGAGAGACGUAAAUCAGGCCCACCUCGUCUGGGCAGACACAAAUUUGAGCCAGCUCCUGUUCAAGUUCUAUUGACAGAAGAGAUUAGUGGCUCACUUAGAAAGCUAAAGGGGUGUUGUAAUCUUGCAAGGGAUCGCUACAAGAGCAUUGAGAAACGUGGAAUACUUGCACCAAGCAAGAGAAUAAGCAAACGUCGGUAGAGAAGGCAAGUUCCAAUCUGAGGGAUGAUAUGGUGAAGCUGGAUUGAAGAGGAUUUACUAGAUUUGAGAAGACCCUUUGGAUGUUCACUGUCGGAAUGUUCCCCUCUUUCAGUGUCUUGCGAAAGUACCUAACGAUUGGUUCUGUCGUUGUGGGCUCGUUGUUGACGCUAGUUUCAUAGGAUCUGGGAUGCACUCAUAUACCUGGGCUGGUCUUGAUGCA